GGGAGGCGCUCGCCGCGAGUGAGUGGUUCAGCCGGGCCCGGCUCAUUGUGCUUGCCUCACGCCGGCCCCAGUUGGCAGCAGCGCUGGAGGCCCCGGGCCUGUGACCACAAAGAGGGAGCCGGGGGCCGGACGGGAGCAGGGCGGCGGCGGCGGCGGCGGCGCUGGCGGCGGCGGCGCUGGCUGAGGCCCAGGCCAGGCUCCCUCCCCUCAGCCUCCCGCCCGCCCGCCCGCCCCGCCGGCGGCGCCCCGCCCCUCCCCCAACCGCCAGACUAGCCUGGUGCGGGGGCCGCGCGCGAAAACAUGGGGGAGAAGCUGAGGCUGGAGUCGCCCGUGGUGGCCGAGCCCGCCGUCUACCCAUGGCUGCUGCUGGUCUACUUUGAAAAUAUCUGCAUUGUCAGCUGGCCAAAGCGUCCACCAGCAGGUGAAGGGGAGUGGCGCCUGGAAAAGAUAGGGACUAGCCAAGGAUUCCAGGAAAAAGGCCUGGGCUGUGGCCACAGUGGCGGGGCCCCCAGGCCGGGCCGCCCCUCCAGGGCCCCGGGAAGGGCUCCUGGCGGCUGCAGGCGGCUCCUCCCCCGGCGCCGCCCUCACUCCCGGAAGGCCUGGGGGCAGAGCGGUCCCACCUCCUCGCCCAGAACGGAGCCCACGUUUCCGCAGAGCUGGAACUCCCGGCUCAGUGUCUCUUCCCUCCGCCGUCACUGAAGUGCCCCGGAGCCCGAGGGGAGGGCGGCCUCACUGGGGCUGCCGGCUCUGGAGGGGCCCUGGCGGCUGAAGCCACGACAGUCCUGGGGACCGCGGGCCGGUUGUUUCAGCAAGUAACUUAAAGACAAAAUGGAAAAACAAGGAGGUUUGUGCCUGAGAUCAUGUUG